AUGGAUGAGUUGUGCGGUAGUAGUGCUCUAUUAACUAGUACAAGUCAUCAUCAUCAUCAUUCUAUUAGCUCAUUGAUACAACGAAAUGAAAUACAACAUGGACAUGUAAAAAUUCCGGAUUUGAUUACUACUUCAGUAACAUCAGGAAUACAUCAACAACAGCAUAGUGAUGCUAACAAACGUAGGGAUAGAGAAUCAAAGAAACAAAGGCGCAAUAGGACCACAUUUACAACAUUUCAGCUUCAUGAAUUAGAGCAAGCUUUUGAAAGAUGCCAUUAUCCUGAUGUUUAUGCCAGGGAGUUAUUGGCUCAAAAAGUGAAACUUCCUGAAGUUCGUGUCCAGGUAUGGUUUCAAAAUCGACGUGCUAAAUGGCGUCGUCAAGAUAAGGCAGAAAGUAGCGCAAUUGCUGAUUUACCACCUGUGCGGCACAGUACGCCAGGAAUACCGUCAUGGGCAUGGAUGACUCAUCCGGAUGAUUUUUCUGGUCUAAUGCAUCCAUUUGUUCCGCAACCAAAUGGUUUACCGGGUCCAGAUAUGGUUAUGAAAACACCUUCAUCUUUCUGUUUCGGAUAUUUGCCAACGGCAACGCCUACGGCAAAUACGUAUGCAAGUGUUACCGGUUCAGGAAUUAGUGGUACACAGUCAUUUCCUGAUAAUGAACUACAAGGAGGAGGAGUUCAUAGUGAACAGAAAAACAUUUAUGCUAAUAAUAUACCUAAUAUAAAUGUAUAA